GUUAUGAAAAAUUCAAAUUCCCCUGCAAUUGCAGACAUGGUCCAAUUUGAAGAUUAGCACAGGAACAAGCCGUCGCAUUUAACAUUCCAAAAGGUAACGUCGAAUUGCUGCAACGUCCUGUGAAGAAAACAAACGGAAUUUUGAAACGAGGACCAACUCGACUUAUAGAAAAACUGGACGAGAAUGAGAAAAACAGGAAUAACGCGUGAAUUCCCGAUCUUGCUGAUGCUGUUGUGGUGGGAAGAAGUCAUCGCCAAAACUACAGAGUACACACCAACCAUAUUGGCCGAGCAAUGCAAAGCUAGAUGCGCUAUUAAGGAAAUCAAUCAACAGGAUUGCUUAUCUAGUUGUUUGCUGUCUCUAUCUGAACUAUCCAGUCAACGGGUUUUAUCAACAGCAACCUUGGGCAACCCGUCUAUCAACACGUGUGCUUAUAAUGAGCCUCCUAGAGUAAACAAAUCCAGAACUUUUAACAUCGUUUUGAAAUGGAAUUAUGGGAAAUUAGAUGCUGAAAUCAUUACAUAUACAAUAUGGAGGAAAUUGGAAUUUGAAGACAGGGACUGGCAAUUCGUCUGCUCAACAAACGAUACAGUUUUGAAAAUAGACGACAUUGCACCUGAUAUAGACUACAUGUUUAAAGUAGUUCCCGUGACUGUUGGCGAUGUCAUUUUACAGCCCUUAGAAACAAGAUGGGUACGCGCACUUCCAGAGAAUGGCUCUGCAAAUCGACCUCUACGUAUCUCUGUGUCCAACGAAACCGUGAAUGGGACAUCUGUAAAAGUUCUUCUGUCUUGGGAACCUACCUUGGAGAGACCGUGUUUGUACAGAUUAUUCUGGAUGUCCGCAAAAUGUGAUGUAUCGCGAUCUCGGGAUUUGGAUCUUACGACACUACCAGAACCUUCUGUCUGGGUGACCAGACUAGGAGUUAGCUGUCCAUAUGAAUUUAAAAUCCAGAGUUCCCUAGACUCGUUCUUUACCUCUGUCAGUGACUUCAGGAACAUGUCUUAUCGCACAAUGGACUGUCUGCCAGCAACUUCCUACAACUACAGUCUUUGUGCACCAGAUGCACCGUCUGAAAUCACCAUAAAAACGGUUAAAACUUACGUGGACGCUUCCCACAACAUGUCGGCAGGAGACAUCAUGUUGUCAUGGAAACCACCGUCGAACGUCAGCGCCCGGAACAAAAUCGAUUUCUACCGUAUAAAGUUCCGCAAAGAGGGCCCACUUCACCACCUGCAGUACCUUGUUCCCCAUGUUAACUACACAGACGUACCUGGGAAUCAAACCUGGGUCCUUAUCAAACAUCUACACUGGUUCAAUGACUAUCGGUUUUCAAUCACCGCAAUUUCAGCUGGUGGUAAAAGCAAAGACGACGACUGUGCACAGACUUUUAAACUAGGGGAGUUUUUUGAGUUUACAAGUAAAAAAGAAAACCACAAAGAAAAGGGUACUAAAAACGAGGCUGUAAUUGCAGUUGUUGUGGUGGUGCUAGGUAUUUUCGUCGCUUUUUUCAUCAUAUGCAUCAUUAAACGAAGGAAAACUCGCCAAGAAGAAGCUAAGAGAAAAACCAGUGAUGAGGCCUUUAAUCCUCUGUAUGUUGCCACGCCUCACUCUUCCUGUCAAGAACCACUCCUUAUUGAUGACAUGGAGAUUUGCUUAGAGAAUCUCCAACUCUUAGAAGUCAUCGGGGAGGGAGCUUUCGGUAAAGUCCAUAAAGGAGAAUACCGACAAGACAACGGAAAAAUCUCCAUUGUGGCGGUAAAAAUGCUUAAAGAAUUUGCUGAUAAAACGGAGGAGAAAAGCCUAUUGAAAGAGAUUGAAGCCAUGAAACAGCUGGGAAAUCAUCCAAAUAUCGUGGGGAUGUUGGGUUACUGUACUAAGUCUUCUUCCCUGUGUCUAAUCAUGGACUUCUGUCCUCUCGGAGAUCUACGCCAGUAUCUCCUUAACUGCAGGCACCAGAUGAUGAGAACAGGUCAACGAGUCAAGAGGGGUUCAGACAGUGGGAUCAGUCCUGGAUGUGAGAGAGGAAAGACGCCCGUAUUUUUUCCUGCAGAGUCCGAUGGAACAGAAGAGGCUUCUGCUCUGCCAGAUAGCUGUGAUUCUGAGUGUUGCAUUCACGAAUCCACACUCUUGUCAUAUGCUCGUCAGAUAGCUAUCGGAAUGGAAUUCCUAUCUCAGAAGAAAUUCAUUCACAGGGAUUUGGCCGCAAGAAACAUUCUGAUGGUGGAUAAUAGAAGAUUGAAAAUUUCGGAUUUUGGUUUGACGCGUGAUAUAUACGAAACAAAUAUGUACCAGCCGACUUCAUCCCGUAAACUUCCGUAUAAAUGGAUGGCGAUUGAAUCCAUUUUUGAUCAGAUAUUCACAAUAAAAUCCGAUGUUUGGUCCUUUGGAAUUGUAUUAUGGGAAAUAGUUACGUUAGGUGGAAGUCCAUAUCCAGGUAUACCAAAUGAAGAUUUAUUUCGUCUUCUUAAGGAUGGAUAUCGGAUGGACAAACCGGAAAAUUGCUCCCCAGACAUAUAUCAAAUGAUGUUGUCGGCUUGGCAUCCUAAUGCAGAAUGUCGGCCAAGUUUCAAUGACAUUAGACAUAAGCUGGAGACUAUGCUGGAAGCAACAAAAUCUUACAUCAAUUUGUCUGUUAGUGUCUCUCAAGAUUACUACACGAACGACAACUCUUCAAGGGACUCAUCUCCCAAUUCUGUACCGGAUAGCGUGACAGAUAGUACCGGAAGUAGAACGUCCUACUUAGUAAUGAAUACUCAGGGGGAGACGACUCCGUCACCAGUCAUUCCAAACACCUAUCUGUCCCUUCCACAAAACGUGCUAUCAAACUCUUUGACUGAAUGUAAGAGUGCCUGCGUACACGGGCAGGAAAUGGCGUGUGGUUUCAACACAGAACUGUGCGAUAUGUGUCGAAGUUUACCGUGCGCUCUGUGUAAGACGGGUACGAAGAACAAACAGGAUGUGGUUCAUUCUGUAAAGUCACUGAAAGAUCUUACGUCAUCGCAGUCAAACGGCGAAAUUAGAAAGAACCGAAACGGGAGAAAGAACGGAUUCUUGGAUAUUAGUGCAGUUGAAGUUACGCAGAAUUCUGUUGACCAAUCCUGUGUUAUAUAACAACUUAGUUAUUUUAAAGACGCAUUUUCAAUAAAACAAUUUUAACUAAGACGUACCCGUCUAAUUUAUGCAAUGUACAUUACUUAAUGUGCCUUAUAAGAUCAUUGUGCAAGAUAUGUAAAAUAUAUUAAACGUAUAUGAAGUAUAUAUUUUAGUACAUGUACCGAUACAAUGUUACUCGUUUUACUUAAAAGUGACGUUUUAAAAUCUCAAAAGCAUAUCAAUAUUAUCACAUUCCGCAUUCUUAAAAAACAGAAUUUUAUAUGAAACAAUUUUGAAUCUUAAGAAACCUGCAAAACUAAGUAAAAGGCAAUCAAUUACAUGUACACAAUAAUUUAAGGAUGAAUAUUUUAAGUAAACAUUUAUUUACAAACUGUACUAAAGCCACACAUUGCAAUUUAUGGAUAAAAUUAUUUUAAUAUUUUGUUUCAUAUGUAACCAUGUAUCUGUGUCAUAGAAAAAUUCGCCAUUAAAGGAUCCUUGUAUUAA